CGAAACGAAGAACCCUAGCUAGCCUGGGCGGAAGAAGGAGGAGGAGGUGGGCGGCCGCCUUUCGCUUUGCCUUGAAUCCCUUGUCCGGUUGUCCCCUCCGCCUCCGGCAAGCAGAGAAGAGCAUGGCAUCCGCCGGCCCGACGCUCGAAUCCCUCGUCGACCAGGUGAUAUCCGUCAUCACCAACGACGGCCGCAACAUCGUGGGGACUUUGAGGGGAUUCGACCAAGCCACCAACAUCAUUCUCGACGAGUCCCAUGAGAGGGUCUACUCUACCAAGGAGGGAGUACAACAGCUUGUCCUUGGUCUGUACAUCAUCAGGGGCGACAACAUAGGUGUGGUGGGUGAGGUCGAUGAGGAGCUCGAUGCGGCGCUGGACAUGUCCAAGCUGAGAGCGCAGCCGCUCAAGCCUGUGAUCCACUGAAGAUGCAGACUCUGUUGUCUGUCUUUGUCUCUCUGUGUGUGUUUCUUGGUUGAUUGUUUUGUAGGGUGUAAGCUUAUUACUAGCUGCUACGUAGGGUUCCCUUUGGUUUGGUUUGGUUUGGUUGGUUUGAAUGGACUGAUCGUUGAACGUCCUGAUUGCUGGAGGUGAAUUAAGCUUGAUGAUGUACCGCGCCUAUUAAGAAUUAUGAGACGGAGGUAGUAGCAUCUAAAAAAAAUAGAGUAAAAUCAUAAAUUA